UUAAGUGGUUGUUUGAAACGGCAAAAUAUUAAUUUAAAAUUUUGCAGUAUGAAAUGUCAUUGGUGUAUUCUGUAUGUGUUGAUGCAAUGUAUGGUGUUAGCAGUAGUUUCCGAAAGUUACUAUUCCAUUAAUGCUCCUGGUGUUAUAAAAUCAAAUCGUAAAUAUUCAGUUGUUGUUAGUCUUCACGAGGCCAGUGAACCUUGUUCGAUACGUGUUGGCCUUGAGGGAACCAGUUUUAAUGAGUUCAAAGAUGUCAGUCUACAACCAUUUGAAUCAAAAGUUUUAGAUUUUUUACCGAAAAAAUUAAGCAAAGUUGUUUACAAAUUAAAGGCCGAAGGCUUGACGGGCUUGAUUUUUAAAAAUGAGAGCUUUGUUCACGUGCAAUCAGAUUAUGGUUUAAAAAUAUAUAUACAAACCGAUAAGGCCGUUUAUAAACCACAAGAUGUAGUUAAAUUUCGUGUCGUUAUAUUAGACGAACAUACGAGACCAUUAAAUAUAGAAGAACCUGUUAAAGUUGAGAUAUUGGAUAAUGAUGAUAAUCGCGUUAAACUCUUCGAAGAUAUCUCCCUCAGAAAUGGAGUGUAUACAAACCAAUUUCAAUUAUCCAAAUACCCCGUCUUAGGAACUUGGAAAAUUUAUGUAAAUUUAGGUGGAAAAUAUGAUAACUCCAAGUCUAAAACUAUUAAAGUACUCAACUAUAUUCUACCGAAAUUUAGUGUGUACCUAAAAACACCUACGGAUGUUGUCUUAUCGGAUGGUUAUAUAAAGGUUGUUAUCUAUGGGAAGUAUACAUUUGAUAAGUAUGUGGAAGGUAAUGCAACUGUUGAACUAUGGAAUCAUUAUACAAACGAGCUAUUACAAACCGAACAAGUUGACAUAGAAAGUAUAGCAUUUGUCGAGUUCAAUCUUAAAAACCUAAAGAAUCUAAAUGAUAUAUACGAGUUAAUUGUAAAAGUCAAAAUAACCGAAAAACAUACGGGUAGAACUGAAGAAGAAGGACAAAUUAUUAACUGUCACCAGCAACAUUAUAAUUUGGAAAUUCUAGAGGAUGAAAUAGAAUUUGAAAAUAAUAAACCAUAUCUACUGAAAUUAAAGGUAAAACAUUGGACUGGUGCUCCCGUAUUGGAUCAUAAAACACCAGUUACAAUGGAACAUGGCAAUAAAGUGUAUGAAGCCUUUCUGGACGGAAUGGGUUUAGCAACAUUUGAAUUUGAACAUGAUUCAAAUUCUAGUCAUAAAUUUCAAUUUAAAGAUUCCUUAGGAAUGUUGGCUAAUAUAUACACAAGUGAUAACUUAAUGCUAAACAAUCGGGAAUACUAUUGUCGGCUGAGGUUGGUGGAUAAAAAAUUAAAUUUCCGAAAUCCGGUACUUAUUGAGGUUAGUUCUAUUCUCAAAAUUCCCUACUUAAUGUAUACGAUAAUGGGUCAUGCCAGUCUUAUACGUGCGGAAUAUAUUAAAGUACCGCCCAAUCAAAAAUCGCAUAUAAUAACCAUAACACCCUCAAUUGAAAUGAUACCCAGAUCCUUUAUUUAUGUGUAUUACGUACACAAAGGCCAUUUACGUUAUGAGGAAAUGCGUUUAGAUUUUCCAAUAGAAUUUGGAAAUCAGAUCUCACUCUCAGCGCCUAAGCAAGUUAAACCUGGUGAAGAUGUCACCAUAGUUAUCAGUGCUCAGCCCAAGUCAUAUGUUAGUAUAUUGGCCGUAGAUUUGGGUGUAUAUUUGAUGGAUAAUAGCUACGAUUUGAAUAAGAAUGACAUAUUACAAGAUAUGUAUGAAGAAGUUUCGUAUACAACCAUAGCUGCUACAAUAUAUCCCGGCAUACAAUCUGGUCUAUUAACGUUAACUAAUGCCAACUAUAUAUUUGCAAACAAUCUUUUUGCUCAAGAGCCAAUUGAACCACCAUCAUAUCGUUUUCGUCAAAAUUUUCCGGAAACUUGGAUAUUUGAUAACUUUGAAAUAAAUGAAACUGAAACCAAAUUAACACUACCAAUACCCGAUACUAUAACCACAUGGCGUAUAACUGCAUUUUCAAAUAAUAAUGAAACAGGAUUCGAUAUAGUAAAUAAUCCAACCGAUAUCAUUACCAUACAAUCAUUUUUUAUAUCAACAAAUCUACCCUACUCAGUGAAACGAGGUGAAAUUGUGGCAAUACCCAUAACAAUAUUCAAUUAUUCCAACCAGACACUAGACACCGAAGUUGUUCUAUAUAAUAAUGAUCAAGAAUUCGAAUUUAUGGAAUCUGGAAUACAGGGUAUAAUAAAAUCAAAUGAUGGGCGGCAAAAAACGAAAAAGAUUAGUAUAACAUCGGAUAAAGCCAAAACAGUAAAAUUUCUUAUAUAUCCCAUAAAAGUAGGUGAUAUAAAUUUGAGAAUCACUGCCUCUAGCUCUACGUAUAAUGAUGCUAUUUUGCAAAAACUUAAAGUUAAACCAGAAGGUGUGCCUAGAGAAACAAUUCAGGCUCUAUACUUAAGUAUUCCGCUGGGAGAAAAAAUAUCCUCAUCAUUUAGCAUUGAAGAGCCCGAGGAUAGUGUACCCGAUUCUGACUAUAUUACCUUCUCUGUAGGUGGUCAUUAUUUAGUGCCAACAGUGGAGAAUUUUGACGAUCUAAUACAAAUGCCCACUGGUUGUGGUGAACAAAAUAUGGUGAAUUUUGCUCCCAGUGUAUUAAUAUUGCAAUAUCUUAAAGCAAAUUAUAAGCUCUCCAAAGAAAAGGUUUUGGCAGAAAGUUUACGUUCUUCGAUCGAAGUAAGCUACCAACAACAACUGUCCUUUCGUCAUGAAAACGGUGGUUAUAGUGUUUUUGGCAUGGGAAUCGAUGAUGAGCCCAGUACUUGGCUUACUGCUUACGUGGUGCGAUACUUUAUAAAAGCUUCACUUUUCGUAGAUAUAGAGGAGUUUAUAAUUGAAUCUGCUUUGGUAUAUUUGGCCCGUCAGCAAAAGGAAAAUGGGGAGUUUACUUUAACGGGUUAUUUAAUAAAUCCAAAUCAUAAAAAUACAUAUGGACAGACAGCUUUCAUAUUGUUGGCAUUUUUGGAAAAUGAAAAAUAUGCCAAUAAAUAUCAAAAAUUCAUACAGAAUGGAAUAGAAUUUUUAAAUACAAAUUUAGAAAAGGUCAAAGAUAUCUAUGCCUUAUCCUUGACAGCAACUGCAAUGAAGCGAGCUAAACAUGCAAAUGCCAAUACUCUUAUAAAUCAGUUAAAGUUCCAAGUAAAAGAUAAGAAUGGUUUGAAAUGGUGGUCAGAAAAUGACCAAAAUCUAGCGAAUGAUAUAGAAAUUACAUCAUAUUCCGCAAUGGCUCUGCUUGACACUCCUGGGGAUCACACUUCUAUCUUAAAGUGGUUAAUUGAACAGCGUAAUAUUAAGGGUGGUUUUAAGUCUUCUUCUGAUACUGUAGUAGGAAUGGAAGCUUUGGUAAAAUUUUCGGAAACAUAUAAAAAUAUUAAAGCCCCAAAUUUGAAAAUUUCCUACACGGCCAAAGAUCUGCAAGGUAAUGAAGUGGCAAAUGAUGAAUUCUCUGUGAACUCAAACAAUAUCCUAGAUUUGCAAAAACAUGAGUUACCAAAAACCACACGUCAUAUUACUUUUGAUAUGGAGGGUAAUGGCGCCUCUUUAGUACAACUCAGUCAUCAGUAUAACAUUGCUAAUAUAGAAGGAUUUAGUCAUUUCAAUAUUCAACCUAAAAUUAUGUUUAAAAUCCCAAAGAAAUGACUUUGGAAGUUUGUUUCACUUACAAAAUGGAUUCAGAAACACUUAACGAAACCACUAAUAUGGUGAUAAUGGAAGCAAAUUUACCCUCUGGCUUUAGAUUUGUGGAAGAUAAUAUGUUUUUGGGUCAAAUAAACUUGUAAAUAAAAUUGAAUUAAAAAUUCUGAAUCUACGAUAAUUUUAUAUCUGGCUAAGUUGGAGGCGAAUACUAAUCAUUGCUUACAGAUUCCCGCGGAUAACACAAAUGAGGUUUUAAUGUUAAAGCCGGCUGUU